CUGUUGUUAUUGUAUCGGUUAUCAAAACCAAUUAAGUUUCUCACGAGUCUUUGUAGGCUAUAUAAUAUGUCUUAAAAGAAAGCAACGACACAUUUAACUUUUAUUUAAUGGGCUAACAGGCAUUUUUAUUGUCUAACUACAUCUUCACCUUACAUCCAACAUAAUCAUAAAAGUUUAGGAUAUUUUGUAAAGGCUCUUUCUACCUGGUGUAUCCUUAGGUGUUGUGAUGACGCCCACGUGGCUUUAUUUUAUUUCAUUUUUGUUAAUACACUGCAAGCGAAAUGUAGGUAUACGUUUUUUUUAAUUAGGUCAUUUCAAGAAGGAAGGAAAAAGUUAGGGAAAUGAAAUCUUAAUCCUGUUUUGAAACCCUACUUGAAAUGUAUGAUAUACAGUAUGCCUUCUUUAAUAUACACAAGUGAGGUACUGUCAUUAUCUUCAAUUUCAUGGGAUGGAUCCUAGUCAUACUGGAAUUAAAAAUAUAUGUAAAUUGAGUGCAAUAAAUCCAAACAGCCAACAAAUGUAUCAAUACGUCAUGAAUGAAGAUAAUUAACGUUCAUUCUUAAUAAUAUGCAGAUGCACUGACAUGUUUGUUUAGUUACUAUUUACAUUCUGAGUUUCCUAUCAAUAGCCGUACUGUACUUUCUGGGGUGUUUUGCUGGAAUACUUUUUUUUUGGGGGGGGGUGCAAAAUGUAAGGCCAUCAUGGAAAUGGGAGUUGGCGCAGUGUUGGGUUGAGGAAUCAGGAAAAGUGCAAUAGAGUAGUGCCCCUUCGUUUCAAAAGAAAUCGAUAAAUCUUUGCAGUCAACUUCCAUCCAUCCAUUUUCUUUGCAUCUUAUCCUCACAGGGAUCGCGGGGAGCGCUGGAGCAUAUCCCAGCUGUCAACGGGCAGGAGGCGGGGUACACACCUGAACUGGUUGCCAGCCAAUCCCAGGGCACAUUGAGACAAACAGCCGCAGUCACGAUCACACCUAGGGGCAAUUUCGAGUGUCCGAUUAAUGUUGCGUGUUUUUGGAAUGUGGGAGGAAACCGAAGGUCCCGGAGAAAACCUACGCAGGCACGUGGAGAACACUCACACUCCACAGUGGCGCAAUUCACACUUCACCUCACAGCCGUUUGAAUAUCAGGCAAAGUUGCAAAGCGAGCGUGCGACGACUUUACACAAGUUAUGCAAAACACGGCUGGCUGACAAUCGGGAUUCACAUGCAUUUGUGUUUGUGUGUCUGCAAUCCCAAUUGUGAAAAAGGAGCAGGACAAGUCAAACACAAAGAUGACUUUAUUCCGAGUCCAAAUUUCACAGUAGGGCCCCGGGUGGCAUUUGAGGUAGAUAAAGGGAAAUUUAUGUACCAGUUUUGGAAAGCCGCUUGGCUCUCAGGAAUCUCAAACGACGUGGACACAAGGAAGGUCCCGCUGAGUCACUGUCGCACACGACUGCACCCAGCUGGGCGGGAUCAAGGUGUGUGUGUGUUGGUGUGUAUGUCAGGUGGCUGCCAGGACGAAAAGGUGAGACUGUGGCAGAAGACGGGCAAGCGAGAUGCCGCUCACCUGACGAGAAGACCACAAAAAAUGGGGGGCGGGUGGGGUGCCUAAAGCAUGGCGACGCUGACUCCCGUCUGACCACUUUCUUCUGCUUCAACUUCUUCCUCAGCCAGCAAGGUUCCACGUCCUCCCGUCCUCCGUCAUGUCUGACCCAAGCUGGUGGAAGCUGACGUUCUCCCGCAAGACCAAGUCCGAGCCCAAGGUCCUGUACGGGAUCCCUCCGGAGUACGGCAGCAAUACCAAAGAAGCCACGGGGGGAGGCGGGCCCGGUCCGGAGGCGGCCGAGUUCAGCGCCAGGUUGGAGAAGAUCGUGGACAAGUCGGGCACGAAGGGGCGCCACGUCAAGGUGUCGCAGUCCGGUCGCUUCAAGGAGAAGAAGAAGGUCCGACCCACGCUGUCGGAGAACCCCGACCUGUUUGGCGAGCAGAACCUCGCCGAGCAGAACCACCAGUAGCAGAUGUGACAAU